UUCUCUGAACUCAUUAUGAAAUCUCUGUCUGCAGGCUGCCGAGGCUUGGGUGAGCUCUUGGGGCUUGGCAAAAUAUCUUGAGAAGCUCCCAAUAUCUCAGAAGCCCGGUCCAAGUGCAUUUAUGCCCUAGAUUUUAUGACAGGAAUGCAUUUGGGCUCCCAAGAUGAAGAAGCCGCCAUUAGCCCUGACCGUCUUGAAUCGGAGACCUCCAACAAUCCUUUGCAUAGAGAACCUGAUGUGGCCCUUGAAAGUGAUAUUUGGGAUGAGGACGAAUCUUUUGAUUGCCUCGAUGAGCGGGCUGAACUCAAAAUAGACCUUCUUAAGGAUGAGAUGAAUCGGAUUGACAUGGAUGAGGCUAAGGAUUUGGAACGCCGGAUUGAGGCCAUUCUGACUUCUCAGGAACGCUCUUGUUUGACUCUCACCGAAGAUGAUGAGACUGCACUGUUCCCGCCAAACACUAUUGACGAUCAGAUCUCGCGUUUUAGGCAUGAACACCCUGGAAUUUACGACGCAGUGGAAACCCAUCGGGAUCGCCUUUACAGAUUGAUCACACGCAAAGCCCAGUUCAUGCUUGCCUUUACGUCUCGUGCUAAAUGCUCAACAGCUUUGUUGGCCUUCUUCCUGUUUCUUGUCGCAAAUUCAUCAAAAGAAUCUAGGAAAAGGCUGGUCCGAAUCAUCCAUCCUUCGGCACAACCGUUAUCAGUUCAACUCAUUUUGGGGCAACGGGCGUGGUCAGCCGCUAUGUUUGACGAGAUUCGGUCGAUUGAUCUUGAUAAUCUUGAAACAAUUGGCGACUUCGCCACAGCUUACAUUGGGAUCGCCUUGCUGCCCACACCACGGGGACUAUAUUUAUAGCGGCAGCGCCACGGGGUUGAAUCCUAUUGGGGAUCAAUUGAGGUUACGAAGAGAGGGCCAAAGCCUGUACGGACACAGGGCAGUACUUGCUCUUGGGCAUAACGAAAUUAUGCGGCGACGUGCAGCUCGCCGUGGUGCCGCCCUUUUCAUCUAUGAGAAGGUGGCGCUUGAAGGCUCUAGCUAUUCCUUCAUCCCCGCGGUACGAUUCUCCAUCGACGGCAAUCAAUUACAGGAAACUCAGAUCAAGGCUGCUGCGCUAGCAUUAUUUUCUGAGAAUUGCUAUACACUAUUCCUUGCCGGAAAACCACGAACCGAAAACACCACUUCAUCACGCUGGUGACGGACACCAGCCGAGCUAUUCUAGAUAUCAUACGACCAGAUGAUUUUCCCGAGCCUUCGUGGUAC